AACUGUUGAGUGACCCACAGCACGCGCACGUGCCAACGCGCACAGACACACCUUCAAAACCACCACCUACCGCACCCUGCCCUGAGCAGUCACAUGAGCAGUCAGUCACACGCAGCGUUAAUCAGUCCACACACAAAGACGUACACGCCACCACACGCAUCGUAUCGCAUCCCAUCAGCUUUGACAGCUCCCUCCGAAUUAAGAGCACACUCGCAUCACGCUCACGUGAAUGAAUGGCAAAAAUCGGGUCAAACGGUCCAAAACUGAGCCUUGACCAGCAGUGAAAAAACGCACGAGCUUGCCCUUCCCCCCCCCACCCCCCUCCCUCUGUCUACCAGACCAUGUAUUGCCUCAGCAGCUUGGCGCCCGUGACCAUGAAAAGGGUCUGCCACACGCCCAGGCCUAUCCUCGGCACGAUGCCCUGGAACAGCCCCGCCACGCCGUCGUUGCGCACUACGGUGCGGAGGACCUGCAGCAGGUUCUCCUUCGGCUUGCCCUCGUUGGCCGCCGCCUGCAUCUGGAUGCGCGCCACCUCGAAGGGCUGAUUCCAUGUCGACAGGGCUCCGCCGAGGAUGCCGGCACAGGCCUCCUGGGGGACCGUGAGCUUGGCGUCCUUGUCGCCGUGCAGCCGGACCUUCAGCUGCGACCUGAUGAACUCGGUGAUGCCCUGCCGCGACGCCCAGUUGGUGGCCUGUCGGAAUGCGAUGGCGGUGCCGCCCGGGUAGAAGCCCUUGAUGCCCUGCUUGGCCCACACCUCGGCUGCCUUCUGAGUCACCGACACCUUCCCCUCACCCGUCACGGCCGCCGUCACGAGGAAGGUGCACGGACCCAUGACGACCGUCUGGCACACACCGCCCCCGGCUCCAGCCGCAAAGCCUGCCAGGGUCUCGCUGCAGCCCGCUGACGUCAUGGCCGUGAGGAUGAGCUCCUUGCUGUAGAGCAGCACGGCUCCCUUGGUCGCCGACUCGACCAUCUUGGCUGAGGUGCCCUGCCAGAAGGCCAGCGGACCGCCACCCUUCUCCAUGACAGCGAAGAAGGCCCGCACAGUCGACUCGUUGCGGAAGCGGCCCAUCCUGGUCUUCCACACCUCAAAGGGCAUCCCCAGCGUGGCCGCCUCGACGCAUUGCAGCACGGCGCCAUUCACGAGGUCCUUCCAGCCGCCCUUCGCAGAGCCAGCCGGAGGCGACAUCCGAAAAGGGCAAGGCCGCACAGAUCACCUGCACAGGCGAUAUGGGGAGAGGCCGGUGCAAUGAUACUCGUCGUCGUUGGCGGCGUAUUCGCGGCGGAAGGGGACUCGGG